AUGGUGACCGUAUCCCGCCCAAUCCGCCCAAGCUUCACGUCGGCUCAAGUCUCUCGCUUCUUUUUCCAACCGUGCCGCGAUGACUACGAAGAAGUUAUCGACGAGUACUUCCGGUGUCGUUGCGGCACGGUUAGAAAGCAAACCCGUCGCAACGGCUUUUCGAACCUACUGCAACACGUGAGACGUGAGCACCCCGACUUUGAAACGACGAUGCGGGAAGCCUCGACUACUGAGACUGGCUCUUUAUUGAGCUACGUUCGUCAGUCCUCCCAAAACCUGUACGGCAACCUGCCACUCACAUUCUGCGAAAAUCGAGCCACAAAACGGUACACCACCUUGGACCCCAUCUACAUUGAGACCCUGCGGUCUACAAUGAAUGGGGUUACGGUGGCGGUGGAGAGGUCUAUUGCCUCCGAAAUGCCGAAGAUAUUUGGGCUCAUCCUUGACGGAUGGACCCAUUUAUCGGAGCACUAUAUCGCGGUCUUUGCCUGCUACGAAGUGAAUGGGCAGGUAAAGACCCCGAUUCUCUGCAUGACCCCUCUCAUGAACGAGCCCGACGACGACCUCUCUGCUGUUGCUCAUAGAGAAUUUCUGGCUAACAUUCUUUCCCGGGACUUUGGGAAGCAGUUGGACCAGUGUGUUUUUCUCGUGGGGGACAAUUGUAGUGUCAAUAAGCGGUUGGCAACCCUAAUUGGGGUACUGCUAAUUGGCUGUGCAUCACACAGGCUCAACCGAGCCGUUCAACAUGAAUUGCACGAACACAAAGCUGAUCUUGCAGAAGUCCAAGCGCUGAUGAUCAAGCUCCGAACUCUGACUCAAUCGGCUAAACUUCGGCUGAAAAUGGACCUCCGACCUGUUAUCCGGCAAGACACUCGGUGGAGUUCGACGUUUAUGAUGCUGCAUCGGUACUUUGAACUGUUGGAGCACCUGGACACGACUGACGAUGAGAUUGCGGACUUACUCCCUUCGGCUUCCUGCAAUCGUCGUUUGCGUGCCCUUCUGAAAGAACUGAUGGACGUUGAGUCCGUCUCAAAGGCUCUACAAGGAACAAACGAUAAUCUUCUUGACGUUCGAGAGUGGUUUGAUGGCCUUAUUGGCAUCAAGCCGCAAUAUGCAUAUAAUCUCGACUCUACUAACGCGGCUGCGUAUACGACCAACAAGAGGGUGAACGCGAGAAAACGGAUAGAAACCCUGGAAAUGAACGUGGCCAGAGUGUCCGCAACUCAAGAAGCCGCAGGAUCCGAUCUGCUGCAGAUGCUAGCAUUUUGUUUUCAGAAGCAGGUUGACAGACGAGCAGAACAAGAAGACAAACUACGACGCGAUGAACGACAGGAGCGCAGGGACACUGAAAAGGAAGAUUGA